CUAUUGUUGUCAUUUGUCGAACCAUGAAGACGUGCUCGGUUGUUCUAGUCGCUCUCGCCGGUGCCCUAGUUGCCGGUGAACAGGCAUUAGCAGCAGCAGCAGCAGGGGAAGCUGCGUGCGCUGGCGAUCGGAUCGCCAUCCCCAAGGAUACGGAAAGUUUCGAGUGUUGGACGGAACAGCAGAUACAGGCGGUGCAGCAAAGUGAAGCAUUGAAACGACUAAACGUGGACAAACAAGUAAAGUUCCUGCUCUGGACCCAGCAGACCGAGAAUGGAACCUACGAAAGGCUGACCAUCGGUGAGCUGGCCACCUUGCAAAACGCUUCGUUCAACCCGGCCAAUCCAACGCGCAUACUUAUCCACGGGUGGAUGAACGAUUGGACAUCUGACGCGGUGCACGGAUUAGCGCAGACUUACACGGCCAAAGGGGCUUACAAUGUUAUCGGCAUCGAUUGGUGUGAGGCCGGAGGAUGCUCAUCCAACUACAUUACGGCCCGGAUCCGGGUGACAGAUGUCGCCGUUACGAUCGCUAAAGAGAUUGCCCUGUUGCUGGAAGCUGGUCAGCAUCCAAACCAGAUCGUCGUGAUUGGGCACAGUCUUGGGGCGCACGUUGCCGGAAUGACGGCGAAACACUUUGCCCGCUCGACACCGCUGGCCGGUGUGAUUGCGCUCGAUCCCGCUGGGCCACUGUUUCUGUUGGGCAAGCCUCAGGAACGGGUGGACAGUACGGAUGCACAGUACGUCGAGGUGAUACACACCAACACCGGUCGGUUGGGUCAUGCGGACGCACUAGGGCAGGCAGAUUUCUAUCCGAAUGGUGGCCACGAGCAACCGGGCUGUGUAGAAUCCCAGUGUAGCCACAGGCGUGCGAUCGUUUACCUUAAGCAAUCGCUAGAAAGUCCGACACCGCUGUACCUAGGACGAGGCUGUGAAAGCAACGUCAUAGACGAAACGUGCGACGGUGCCAUCGCUGUUAUGGGUGGAGAUUUGAACGAUCGGUUCAAGAGAUCGAGCCAUGGCUUGUUCUAUCUUAGCAUUAAAGAAUGAUCUGAUGUGACGCAUUAAACUUUUCUCGAAUUUUGUUUAUAAACAG